AUGACCAAAGAGAACUUCCGCCAAUCCCUGACGGCAGCUCAAGUGCUCUAUGGAUCAAAGGAGGACAAGGCGUCCCUUGCGAACAAGUACUGCAAGCAAGUGCUGCAGGCGGGGCUGGAAAGGCCCAACUGGAGUGCUGUCAUCGCGGCCGGCGGCGCCUGCGAGGCUGGCGGGCUCAAAGGCCGUGACGACGCUUGUGCCGUCGACGCCGACACCUUGUUCACCCGGCCCUGGGCUGCAGAGCUCGAGGAGUACUUUGGCCCCGACAGAGCGCAGGCCUACAGCGACAUACUCAUCAAAACUGGCAUAUCCCUGGCAGGCCCAAACGACAUCAUGGACAGACCCGGCAGGAUCUACAUUUCACGGGACGAAAAGGUGAAGAACCCGGCGAUCUUCCAUGUCGGCGAAACUACGGCGGAUCUGCGCGGCAAGAAGCUGGGGCCCGCUGCUGCUCGGGUGUUCAGCUCCCACAAACAGUGCGGGCGGCCGUACGAGCUUGUGGGUGCCGACUUCGGUGUCUGCCGCGCGCGGCUGGGCGAGAGGCUGAUCCACGCGGAGCUGAGGUUGGAUCAGGGCCCCGAAGCCAAGGAGCAGUUGAAGGAGGCGGGUUUUGGCAAGGGUGUCACAUGCUCGUCCUGCGAAGCCCAGCACAUCGAAUGGUUUUUUGCGCCCGAAGAGAAGCUGCGCAAGGUGAUCCAGUGGUGGUGUGACUUUGUGGACAAGCACGAUUCCGCCCUUCUUUCAAACUUCUGCUUGAAGCACUCCUUUCUGCCGCUGUGA